CCUUUCCCUCGGUGAGUCUGUCUCGGUCCGCCCGCCCGCAGCAGUCUCCUUCCCGGCGAGGUUUUUCACUCCAGAGAUGGCUGCGAAAGUGUGCAGAUCGGUGCUCCUGUUGUCCCGGAGCGGCGGAGCGGCGGCCGGCAGCCUUCCCGCACUUGUCGUGUCCUCACAGCGGCAUCAGCAGCGCAUCAGACCGCAGGAGCUACUGCCUGCUACUAUCACCCGUCAGACUGUCAGGAGAGCGCAUGGCCUACGGUCAGCAGCCCACUCCACACUCUUCACCCAGCCUACCAGCACCCUGUCUCCACAGGUUUGGAGCGGUGCUCCCUCGUGGCACGGCCAGAGACUGUUGUGUUCCUCUGCUGCUCCAGAAGAGGUGACGGUCGUGUAUCACAACGGGCUGCCUGUGAUCUCAGUGAGUUUGCCAUCCAGGCGAGAGCGCUGCCAGUUCACCCUCAAGCCUCUCAGUGACUGCGUAGGAGUUUUCCUGACACAGCUCCAGGCAGAGGACAGAGGCAUUGACCGGGUAGCCGUCUACUCCAUGGAUGGUGCGAGGAUCGCCUCCUCCACAGGCAUAGACAUCCUGCUGCUGGAUGACUUUAAACUCGUCAUCAACGAUACCACGCACCAUGUGCGGCCACCGAGGAGAGAGAUAUUGCCCCACGAAGAGGCCGACAGGCUAAAUGAUGUAAAAUUUCUAGUUCAGCAGCUGUACACCACACUGCGCAUCGAGGAGCACCAACUCAGCAAAGAACGAGAGCUGAUUGGACGACUGGAGGAUCUCAACUCUCAGCUCCGCCCUUUAGAGAAGGUGAGAGAGGAGCUGAGUAGGAAGGCGGAGCGGCGCACCACCUGGGUGCUUUGGGGAGGCAUGGCAUACAUGGCAACCCAGUUUGGGAUCCUGGCCAGGCUGACCUGGUGGGAGUACUCCUGGGAUAUCAUGGAGCCGGUCACUUACUUCAUCACAUACGGCACCGCCAUGGCCAUGUAUGCCUACUUUGUUCUCACGCGUCAGGAGUAUGUUUAUCCUGACGCCAGAGACCGGCAGUAUCUGCUCUUCUUCCACAAGGGGGUGAAAAGGACACGCUUCGAUGUUGACAAAUACAACAAGCUGAAGGACGAUAUUGCCGAGGUGGAGUUGGACCUGAAGCGCCUACGAGACCCGCUUCAGCUUCAGCUCCCACUUCAGCAGCUCACAGAUGCUAAAAAUUGAUGGCAAGUGUGUCUCCUCCCUCUCUGAGCUCCAACAACCCCCUUACUCUCUUCUGCCGUCCAAGAACCCCCUUCCCCCCUCCCCAUGAAAACACCUUUCCUCCUUAAUCCCAUCCCUUUCUCAACUGUGGAAGUUUAUUUGUUCUCAGUUGGCUUUCUUUUUUGCUUUUUGCUUUUUUGCUUUACUGACUUGGAAUUCAGACGGAAAACUGCAAAAAAAAAGGAAAAAUCAAAAAAGGAGGGUGAGAACAAUUAGAACUGAAACUUCUCACAGCUGAAAGAUGACGAAGGUGACAUAAAGAAGAAGAUGAUGAGGACGACGACGAUGAUGAUGAUGAUGAUGAUGAUGAUGAUGAUUACAAAAUCAAACUGGGCACUGUGGAUAUGCCUCAAAACUCUGGAGGGACGACCUGCAGGAUAAAUGUGAAUUAUCACAUGUUGGCACUUCAUGACAGGGAAGACACAGAGGAGGCAGCUUUUGUUCAGUGUGUGUGUGUGUGUGUGUGUGUGUGUGUGUGUGUGUGUGUGUGUGUGUGUGUGUGUGUGUGUGCGUGCGUGCGUGCGUGUGUAACACCACAGGUCAACACAUCAAACUAGCUCUGUCCUCAAGCAGUAAAACAACACACACACACACACACACACACACACACACACACACACACACACACACACACACACACACACACACACACACACACACACACACACACACACACACACACACGAACACACACACACACACACACACACACACACACACACACACACCCUCAGGCUUCAGGGACACGUUUACAAGGAACUGACUGCAGCCUCACCACCAGAAAGGCGUUCGUCUCCCUGCAGCUGACUCCUGCUGCCCCGCCCUCCCCCUGAGCCACGCCUCCUCCUGGUGACGGACAGCUGUCCCUUCCUGUGGUGACCUUCGUCGGGAGCAUAUCUUCCCCUGCCCGGAUGCAGGAACAACGGCGCCUCACUUCCUCUUCCUGUUGAUGUUCCGCAGCGGCCCGGCCUACGAGAGUACUACCGACAAAAACAUCACUGUGUGUUCUUUUAUUCCAAAAAAACAAAAACAAUAUUUUGGCACUUUUUAUUUUGAAAGCCAUAGUAUAUUUGUUAUGAAAACAUAGGACUAUAUAUGUAUACAAUCAAAUAAGCAGAUGACCAGAGGCUAGUUUAGAUUUAUUUAUUCUGUCUCGGUGGGGGGAGGAGCUCUCCUACCAAAAUAAAGUCAUAUUGAGAUCAUUCCCAUCCACUUCUACCAUUAUAACAAAGCAAAAUUCAUGCUCCCGUGCAACGAUGAGGCCAAAUCUGGGUGAAAUCGGCUUUAAUCUGAAGGUUUCUGAGCGAUUUGUAACCCAACAGAUGCAAAGGUUGAUCGAUAAAUGGACAUUAGGUUAUUAGAUUGGAGCUUUAAAGUUGCAUUAAUGGAAUAUUUUCAUCCUGAGAGAGUUUUCUCCUCCCACUGCUACUGUAACGCUCAUCUCCCCCCCUCCCCCCUGCUCCCUCAAUGACAACGCAGGGUAGACUGCAUGCUGUGGUAUGCCCUCAGUAGAAAUGUGUGAACAUGUAGGAGAAUAUAACAGUUUUAUACCUGAUUGGAUGCUUUUCGUUGCCACAUCUUGGUGAAGUUGUUCUAUCAGUUGUUAUAGAAAACUUAUAUAUUUACCAUUUUCCUUUUUUUUAAAUUAGGAAUAUCAUUCAGGUUGGCAUUCGGUGGCUUGGCGAUUGCCCGGCUCAGUUAUAUAUUUUUUUAAGAUCACCUCUGCAGAGGGGAGGCUCGCAGUGACUCAAUAUGUCCACAAAGUUCAACAUCCUGGUGCAAACAGCUGGCUGAAUCCUACUAAAGAGAUGCAGAUUUGACAUUAGCAUGCGUGUUAUUUUGGGUGGGAGGGGGUAUAUCAGAAAUAGCAGAUUUAGCAGGAUUUGGCCAAUCUGACGCAGUGUUCGCUCAUUUUUUGUGUUUUAUCCACCAGAGAAAUGGUGCCUUUCGAAUAAAAACAAACAAAAAAAGAAAUAGAUGUAAACUAUGUUGACAAUGCAGCAAUUACACACUACAUGUUGGUUCUUUCUGACUUAGGAGGUGUUUUCUGGUGAUGUUGGAUGUUUUGAGUGUGAAAACGAGUUUUAGAGUGCAUUAGCUGAAGGCAUGAGUCUUUAGCUCCUAAUUGCUGCUUGUCAGUGCUAGUAGAAAUCACUUCCACCCUCAUCCCACCUUCGUCGUUAGCUUUAAAUGUAUUUCUGCUGAAUAUGUCAGCUCCCUCUCUUUCACUCUCCCUCUCUCUCACACACACACACACACACACACACACACACACACACACACACACACACACACACACACACCCUAAGAUGCAAAAAAGCAGUGAAGGUGCUGUCCUCCCCUCUGCUGUUUCUACUCAAUCUCCCAUCGUCACCUCCUUCUUUUUCAUCACCACAUCCACCGUUAAUUGCCUUUUUUCUUCUUUUCUUGUUUUUUAAAAUAAAAUAUAUCAAAUAUAGGGAAACUUACUCUAAAGAGGGUGUUGCAUGAAUGUAUGUUUACAUGGGAAAUAUGUACAAAUAAAGAUGAUUUAUUCAAAAUAAGUGCAAAGAUCAUUUAAGAACGUUGUUUGUAGAGAUUCCUAGUUAUAAAGGGCCGUGGACAGGAAUGCGUCUCUAAAGUCUGUCCUGCCAAAUGUGAUUUACGUCCCAGCCAACCAAACACUCAAAUCCCAGUUCGGUCCAUCUCCAUCUUAUUUCCUCCCAUGAUCCCCUCCUCACCAUGACUGUCCCAAUAAGAGAAAAAACAUCCGUGGACCUAUAAAGGAGGCUUGGUGACCUUUGACCUAAAGGAGAAAUCUCUGCCACAUGCUUUAAAACCGACCUGGGAACACCUCUAACUCCUGUUCGUUUGUGUUUUUUCAUACAGUUUCAUUUUUUCCCUCCAAAGUUUCAUAAUUUUUAUUUUAAGCGUGUUAAGUUUUCACAAUCUCACGAGUUCAUUUACAAUCGGACAAUAAGUGUGCAGCAGAAGCAGGAUGGAACGAGCUUCACUCCAACUUCUUAUUCGAGUUUGUUUUCCUCCAGUUGACAUGACGCUGUAAUGUUGGCAAAAAAAAAAAAAGAAAAAUCCUGUAUCAUUUAUGAAAUAUGUAUAAAAGAGAAAUGGAAUUCAAUUAUCAAUAAAAUCCUCAUCUGGUUUUUGGA